AGCGUAGCCCCAGCGCGCCCGAGUGUAGGCGCGUCCGCGUGGCGGAGGCGGCAGGCCGCAGCAGUGCUGGUGGAGGGGCUUCCAGAAAGACCCUGCGGCAGCGCCCCCAAUCUCACUCGGCUCUCCCCGCAGGAGCGCGGCACCUGCGCGGCGCCGGGUGAAGGCGAGCGCCUCGGCGAGCCCUCUGCAGCGGAGCCCCCUGCCCAUUUGGUUGUGGAACCACCGGGAGGAACUGGGCCAUUCUAACACCUGUUGCUACCAUGCUGGCCACCCGCCUCUCCAGACCCCUGUCACGGCUCCCAGGAAAAACCCUAAGUGCCUGUGAUAGAGAAAAUGGAGCAAGACGCCCACUAUUGCCUGGUUCUACUUCCUUUAUCCCGAUUGGCCGUCGGACUUAUGCCAGUGCGGUGGAGCCGGUUGGAAGCAAAGCUGUCCUGGUCACAGGCUGUGACUCUGGAUUUGGGUUCUCGUUGGCCAAGCAUUUGCAUUCAAAAGGCUUCCUUGUGUUUGCUGGCUGCUUGAUGAAGGACAAACGCCAUGAUGGGGUCAAGGAGCUGGACAGCCUGAACAGUGACCGACUGAGAACCGUCCAGCUCAAUGUCUGCAGCAGCGAAGAGGUGGAGAAAGUGGUGGAGAUCAUCCGCUCCAGCCUGAAGGACCCUGAGAAAGGGAUGUGGGGCCUCGUUAACAAUGCCGGCAUCUCAACAUUCGGGGAGGUGGAGUUCACCAGCAUGGAGACCUACAAGGAGGUGGCAGAAGUGAACCUUUGGGGCACAGUGCGGAUGACGAAAUCCUUUCUCCCCCUCAUCCGAAGGGCCAAAGGCCGCGUGGUCAAUAUCAGCAGCAUGCUGGGCCGCAUGGCCAACCCGGCCCGCUCCCCGUACUGCAUCACCAAGUUCGGGGUGGAGGCCUUCUCGGACUGCCUGCGCUAUGAAAUGUACCCCCUGGGCGUGAAGGUCAGUGUGGUGGAGCCCGGCAACUUCAUCGCUGCCACCAGCCUUUACAGCCCUGAGAGCAUUCGGGCCAUCGCCAAGAAGAUGUGGGACGAGCUGCCUGAGGUUGUGCGCAAGGACUACGGCAAGAAAUACUUUGAUGAAAAGAUCGCCAAGAUGGAGACCUACUGCAGCAGUGGCUCCACGGACACGUCCCCUGUCAUCGAUGCCGUCACACACGCCCUGACCGCCACCACCCCCUACACCCGCUACCACCCCAUGGACUACUACUGGUGGCUGCGAAUGCAGAUCGUGACCCACUUGCCUGGAGCCGUGUCCGACAUGAUCUACAUCCGCUGAAGAGUCUCGCUGUGGCCUCUGUCGGGGAUCCCUGGUGGAAGGGGAGGGGAGGGAGGAACCCAUAUCGUCAACUCUUGAUUAUCCACGUGUGGAUCAUCCACCAUCCCAGGAAGACCCAUAACUGGUUUUACCAUUAACCAGAGGGAGUGACUUCUUUACAUAGUGAGUGACAUGGGCCCUCGCAAACAGGGUGUGGAGUGGCAGGCAGGGGCCUCUAAAUCUCAGGGCAAACAUGGUGAAUCUGUCUCUCUGGAGAUAAUUUCAUACAGAGAUUUUAAGAAAACAUCUUUAUAUUAAAAACAGAUUUAUCAUAGAAUAGAAUCAAAACCCCUUUAUGUCUUCAAGUCAAAUCAUCAGUUUUUAAAAAUUAUCUCAUUUGAUCCUUAAGCCAGUCUCAUGAAUGAAAAGGACAGGUUUUUUUCUUUUGUACAUGAAGCAUUUGCAGCUUAAAGAGGAUGCAUGAAAUAACCCUUUUAUCGCUUAUAAAUAGUGCCAGUCAUGUGUUCCUGCCACUGCUGUGGAAAUACUUCACAUUUUGCAUUCCAGGACUGUUUUGGAUCCAUUUGCCCGAGAAUCUUCUGACUAACUCUGUGUCCUCAUCUGAGCCACACAUACCAAGUGCCCACUGGUACCUCUGCAUGUCCAUGGUGCUGUGUGACUGGCCAGCCAGCAGCCAGUGACUCAGAGCUGGCUGUAUGAAGGGGGUGGGAAUGUUUCUGGAUAGUUUUUUUUUUUCCAGACACAGUCUUGCCCAGUCCCCUAGGCUGGAGUGCAAUGGCACCAUCUCGGCUCACUGCAACCUCCGCCUCCCUGGUUCAAGCGGUUCUCCUGCCUCAGCCUCCCAAGUAGCUGGGAUUACAGGCACCCGCCACCAUACCGGGCUAAUUUUUGUAUUUUUAGUAGAGAUGGGGUUUCACCAUGUUGGCCAGGCUGGUCUCAAACUCCUGACUUCAAGUGCUCUGCCCGCCUCGGCCUCCCAAAGUGCUGGGAUUACAGGCGUGAGAUUUUUACUUGAGAUUUUUCCAUCCUCUUUUAGGACUCAGGAUAGACUUGUGUGGAGGUGCUCUCUGGCUAAGAGGAUAGGUUGUUACUGGUUUGGGUCUGCUUGGUUUUGCCUUGGGUGAGACCAGUGUCGAUGGGGCAGGCUUGGCACGAGCAGAGGUGCCAUGGCAGGGCACUGUGGCAUCUUCUCCCCUAGCAGUGGAUUUGGGGUCCCUGCUUGCCUCACAUGGUGCUUACACAUAUGCAAAGCCACACACACACACACACACACCACACACAUACACCACACACACACAACACACACACACACCUGCACACACCACACACACACACACCACACACACACACACCGCACACACAUACACCACACACACACCACACACACACACACAACACACACACACACACACAACACACACACCUGUUCUGCAGGCUUCAGCGUGGCCUUCAUUCCCGCCUCGGCCUUAUUUUUAAUUAAGAAGUGAUGCCACUUUAGGCAGGGUCUGCAUGAUCACUUCUUGGGUUUGAGUUUGAAAGCUGCCAUCCCUGCAACUGCCCAGCGCCUGUAUGUUUGGACCAAAACCAAACACCACUGUCCUCCAGGUGGCUUUCGGCCUGGGGCAGGGUCCCAAGUGCCAGCCUUACAAAUCAGACUGACAUUUCCGCCUCUCCCUGGGCGGGCUGGGCCUGCCGCUAGAGGGCGCCCGCCGCCUCCGCAGCCGGCUCCGGCCUCCAAUGCCCCAGACCCCCGAGCUGCCACCCGAGCCUGAGGUUUCUCACGGCGUUCGGGAUUCUCACCUCGGAAACUGGGAACAAGGAAGCAAGCAACACCCUUUAGAAACAGUGUUCUCGCUCUUCUAGCAGCUGGCCCGAACCUGGAGUCUGGUGCCAGGAGAAGGCAGAAGAACCCGGGCAGCUGGAGUGGGCUAUGGGGUUCAGGCAGUGCCAAGGAAAAAGGGCCUCACAAUGGGCAAAUUCAGCUUGCCUCUUGGGCCUUUGUCCCGCGGUCUUCAAACAGGGAUCCCCUGUCCCAGCUCCCCUAGGAGGAGGGAGGGGAGGCAGGGCUGAAACCCUCCAGAGCCCAGAGGGGGACGCUUGGUGGCCACUGCAUUUACAUAACCACAGGAUGCUUUUGUACCGUGGACCGUGUUCUAGCAGAAUCCUUUCUGAAUUGCAUUUUUACAUGUUGGGCGAAUUUGUUUUCGUGCUGAAGUUUAUUAAAGGAAAAUAGAUGGA